CCCAUCAUGGCGUCCGCACGUCCCCCGGUGUGUCAGAUUUUCUCUUUCCAGGACUGUAAAACGUCUCCGGACCCGCUCUUCGAGCUGCCCGCUCAGUGCCGGAGCUCGUCGCCCGCCCCGAUAGUGAUCGAUAACGGGUCGUUCCAGACCCGGGCCGGCUGGGCCGCUCCGGGACCCGGCUGCGAAGCCCCGCGGCUGCUCUUCAGGUCCGUGGCGGCGCGCAGCAGAGGAGCCGCCCGGAGCGAGACCCAGAUCGGGAACGACAUCCCGAACCUGGAGCCUCUGAGGUGGCUGCUGAAGAGCCAGUUCGACCGGAACGUGGUGGUCAACUUCGAGAUCCAGGAGCUCAUCUUCGACUAUGUGUUCACACACCUGGGCAUCAACUCAGAGAGUAGUGUGCAGCAUCCCAUCGUGCUGACCGAGGCCCCCUGCAACCCGCUGCACUGCAGGCAGAUGAUGUCCGAGCUGCUGUUUGAGUGCUACCAGGUCCCCUUUGUCUCGUACGGCGUAGACGGUUUAUACAGUUUCUACCACAACACCGACAGGAGCCUCCAGGCUUCACACACCGGCAUCGUUCUGUCUUCAGGAUACCACUGCUCACACGUUCUGCCCGUCAUCAACGGCAAGUUGGAUUCGGUGAACUGCAAGCGCGUGAAUGUGGCCGGAGGUCAGGCGGCGUCGUACCUGCAGCGCCUCCUGCAGCUGAAAUAUCCCGGCCACCUCGCCGCCAUCACGCUCAGCCGCAUGGAGGAGCUGCUGCACGAGCACAGCUACACUGCUGUGGAUUACCAUGAGGAGCUGGAAAAGUGGCGCAGUCCAGAGUUUUACGAGCGCGAAGUUCACCGCAUGCAGCUUCCCUUCUCGGGCAAGGUGCCGGGCGGCGGCGUGAGCGCGGAGGAGCGGCAGGAGAGGCGGGCGCAGCAGCUCCGCAGGCUUCAGGAGAUCAACGCCCGGCGCCGCGAGGAGAAGCUGCAGCAGGAUCAGGAGAGGCUGGACAGGCUGACGGCCGUACAGGAGCUGUUGGAGGACGGCCUGUUGGAUCAGUUUCACAAGAGUCUGGUGGAGCUGAACAUGGACUCUGCUGAGGAGCUGCAGUCGUACAUCAGCAAGCUGCAGCUGGCCGUGGAGCAGAGCAGGCAGAAGCUGCUGCAGGACGGCGCAGACGGCAAGACGGAGGUGUCGGAGCUGGAGCAGCCGAUGGACGAGGGAGACGGAGUGGCGCUGAUGGAUCCUGACUUCCCCGAGGACGCGCUGCCGGAAAAACCUGCUAAUGCGGCUCAGCCUGCGUUCAACAUGGCGGAGUACCACCAGCUGUUUGUGGGCACAGAGCGCCUGCGGUGCCCUGAGAUCCUGUUCCAGCCCUCGCUGACCGGAGAGGACCAGAUGGGACUGAUGGAGACGCUGCAGUACGUCCUGGCCAGGUAUUCUCCCGAGCAGCAGGAGGCGCUGGUGAGCAACGUGUUCCUGACAGGAGGGAACAUGCAGUACCCCGGCAUGAAGGAGCGGGUGGAGCGGGAGCUGCUGGCCAUGAGGCCCUUCCAGUCACAAUUCAAGGUGAGCAUGGCGUCCCGGCCGGCGCUGGAUUCCUGGUACGGGGCGCGGGACUGGGCCGUGGAGCGCCCGGCCGCGGCGGGGGCCGAGGGCUGGAUCAGCAGGCAGGACUACGAGGAGAAGGGAGGCGAGUAUCUGAGCGAGCACUGCGCCUCCAACACCUUCAUCCCCAUGAAGAUCGCCAAACCCGCCCCUCGCCCCACGGAGCCCGCCGCCAUCGCCACGGCGACCGCCGCCCUGACUCCCCCCUCUGUCGUCGCUACUGACGUUGCUAUGGUUACAUCCUAAAAUGACAAAACAAUCCAUCCAUCUGUUUUCUACACUGCUCUAUCCAACUGAGGGGCGCAGAAGGCAGCUGAGCGUCACAGACACAGGAUCACAGCCGGUUUCGUGGAAUCCGGCCUGAAGAAGGCAGAUUCAGACGCUCUGACAUUUUAAUAUGCUGGUGAAGUUUUCAGGUGACUGGAAAAGUUGCUGUUCACUUUAUCAUUCACCUUUCAACAUUUCCAGGAAUCCCGUGACUUUAAAAGAGAAAGUUUGUUGUAAAGAGUUUUAUUUUGAUAUGUUGACAAAACCACAAGAAACGAUUCAUAUUGAAUUUUAAUGAAUUUGUCGUUUGUUUUUGUAUAUUAGAUAUUUUGUGUUUUGUGUCAAUACAGUUGUUUUUUAUCUACAUUUUUACUUCUGUGAAUUUUUUUCAUGAUAAACAGAAGAAACGCAAGAAUUUAUUUUCAACAUUCAAUAAGUCUUGUUUUUCCCGUUGCUUCACACACAACGUGUUACUUGAUAUCAUGUUUAUAGUUUCAGCAUUAAAGCAUCACCAUGUCUAUUCCUCCUGCUCGAUCGACAGUCACAAACACAAAAAUAUACUUAAAUAACAUCACUGUGCUGAGAAAGUCACACAAAAACUGCUUUAUUUACGUUGGAUAAAGUUAUAACAGAGAGGUUAAACAAUUAAAUAAGAAGAGAAUCUGUGAUUUGUGUAUUUUUACAUUACCUUGUAUAGAUGUUUUAGUAAAAACCUUCAUGGUCAGCAUCUCUAAAUCCAAAAUAUCAGUUUCUCAGUAUCUACAGACCUGCUUUUGUGAUGAGUUGCAAUUCUCUGUUGUACCACUAGAUGGCACAGACAGACACCACAUAUCAUUCUGUUUCACUGAAGUUUUUUUUAAAUAGCUGUUUUAAU